UUUUGAGCAGGGGGUCACAAUCAGGGGACAAGGUCCCCCCUUAUCAAAAACACUUUCCGGUAGUCGAUCGACAUACACGCGAAAUUGCUCAGAACAACAAGAUAGCGCUUCCUAUUGGCAAAAUGCUUCCACAAUUUUCGAUAAGUGACGCUCAAAGGGCGAAAAUGCUAGAGAUGCGCCUAUCGCUUAGCACUGGGUCAGGAUGGGGCGAUCGUCGAGUAGGAUAUAUAGCACCUAGAACCCCCCCUCUCUUGUGAUUUUUUGUAGAGGCACACAAGUUCUGUCGUUAACUUUCUCUACUCUCAGUCAGUCAGUCAGUGCGGUUGCUGGUUUUCAAUAGACCAUCGGGGUUUUCUUGCAUAGUCUACAUACAUUCAUUCACUCCAGUAAAAUCUUAAAAAUGCACGCUCUCGCCGUCCUUUCAUUCGCUUCUGCGGCCCUCGCGGUCCCCUUCCCUCUUCGAAGGGCAUAUGGAACGGGUGCACCUUCGUUCCCGGCCUUUCCUACGGUUCCCGGUACCGCACCGACUGGCAGCUCGACAGCCUUGCCGACCGUAGUUGACCCAACGUCGUCGUACCAUGUCACCGUUACGUACGCGACUAGCUCUUCGGAUCCUACGUCUGCAAUUCCAUUCCCUACAAGCAUCCCGGAGACGUCCGUCUCGUCGCUUUCGUCAACUCUCCCUGUUUUCCAGCCGGCACCCACACCGUCUGCGUCUCAGCCGGGUGAUGCGCCCCCUUCCUUCCCAACGUUCCCGGCCUCGUCACUCUCGUCGUUCCUAACUUUCCCCGGAACUGCUCCGGGAACUGCCCCGGGAACUGCCCCGGGAACUGCCCCGGGAACUGCCCCCACUGGCGGCUUUCCUCAGCAACCUUCCACCUCCCAGUACUCCGUGAGCGUCAGCUACUCCCGGACCAGCACUGGCUACCCGGUUGCUACGCCUAACUAAGCUACCUAUCUUACUAAGAGAAGACACGCGCCAUGACCUUACUCGGGAAACGGAAAGCAAAAGGAUAAAAAAUUGAUUCG